UUCGCUUGAAAUUGCAAUGAAAUUCAUUGCAACUUAUUUGGUUAUACAGAUCAACUAUCAACCCAGACCAAUGAUUUCAAUUAUUUAUGCUCAUUUCUUCUGAGUUGCAUCUGAGAAACUCCAUUUCUCAGCUUCAGGAGUCCCAUGUCCAAGAUGGAGAUGAGCAGGGUUUCUCCAAUACGCAUCCUUGUUUUCAUAGCUGCACUCUUGGCUGCUUCUUCCUCUUAUUCUUCAUCUGCUGAUGAUUCCGAAGGGACUUUCGCAGAUAUGUUCGAAAUGUCUUGCCCCGAUGACCAUUUUAAAACCUCUGAAGAUGGCCAGAUCUGGCAUUUGUCCCUUGACAAAGAUGCAGGGUGUGGGUUUCAGACAAAGGAGCGAUAUAGAUUUGGUUGGUUCAGCAUGAAACUGAAGUUAGUCGGAGGUGACUCUGCCGGAGUUGUCACAGCUUAUUACAUGUGCACAGAGAAUGGGGCUGGACCGGAGAGAGAUGAGCUAGAUUUCGAGUUCUUGGGGAACAGGAGUGGGCAGCCAUAUCUGAUUCAGACGAAUGUGUACAAGAACGGGACUGGGAACCGUGAGAUGAGGCACAUGCUGUGGUUCGACCCCACGAAAGACUUCCAUACCUAUUCCAUUCUCUGGAACAGCCACAGGAUUGUGUUUUAUGUGGACAGAGUGCCAAUAAGGGUGUACAUGAACUCAGAUAAACCGAACAACUUCUUCCCGAACGAGAAGCCCAUGUAUCUAUUCUCGAGCAUCUGGAAUGCAGAUGAUUGGGCGACCAGAGGCGGACUGGAGAAGACGAACUGGACAAAGGCGCCAUUUGUAUCCUCGUAUAAGGACUUCAGCGUAGAUGCGUGUGAAUGGGAAGACCCAUAUCCCAAAUGCGUAUCGACGACGACAGAGAACUGGUGGGAUCAAUACGAAGCUUGGCAUCAAUCGGAAGCUCAGAAAAUGGACUACGCUUGGGUUCAGAGAAACCUUGUAAUCUACGACUAUUGCAAGGAUACGGAGAGGUUCCCCACUUUGCCUUGGGAGUGUUCUUUAAGUCCAUGGGAUUGA